CCGCCAUUGCUUUCUCUCUCACUCACUUUCUCCUGAGUUCUGAUUCCCUGUGACGAUCGUAUCGUAUCUCUUCAAAUUUGACCGGCGGUGCUCUUUUCCCCAGUUUUCAUAGGCACUUCCGAGAGGAUUCUGGGUUUGUUUCGGUUUCUUGUUGUUAGUCGAGUGAUAUGGCUUUCUGAAUUGUGAUCGUUGUGGCUGCUGUUUGUUCUUAUGCCGAAUGAUUGUUUGGAGCUUUCCCAAGUGUUUUCUUUAGCUUGGAUUAUGGUUUUGAUCGAGUGGAGUCUCUGUGGAGAUUGAGCUGCGGUUAGGAUUUUCUUCUUCUUCUUCUUCCAGUGCAGAGACUGGUCUAGAAAAGAGGGGUUUCAGGGUUGGCAUAAAAAUUUGGCAGCUUUUUCGCUGUCUUCUAUCUACUGGAUUGGGGAGUUAGGCAAGCGGCAGUUGUUUGCUUUAUUAACUUUCCUGAUCAGGAAUCACGCUUCCUGUUUUGCGGUGUGAAGUGGGUUUUGCAUUUGCGUAGGAAAGAUCGCAACUUUUUGUUGUUUCUUUGAAGCUAACGCUCUACAAGUUACCUUAAUCCGCCAUCGUGUUUCUUGGCAGCUGGUAAACUUGCAACUAAGUGUUAAGUUUCCUUUGCGGUAUCCCAAAAGAAACAUUUGGUUGCGUUUGACUAGGACAGUUACUGUGUGUCAUAUUCUUUACUCUGUAUCAUAUACAGGAGCUUAAUCUAUUAUGAUGUUUCUAAUCCUUUCUUCCUUUAUUCGAUUCUGUAGUGACUUUGUUCAUCAAAUGUCGGAAUGACAUUACUUGUAUAGCUCUUUGAGCAGAUGGUGUAAGUGGACUAGAGCCAAAAUUUAGCAAACAUGGGUGGGAUUUGUUCAAGGAAGAGAGACCAAGAGGUCAUUGGGGAUGGUAUUGCCAGCAGAAUUUCAGGAAGGUAUGGUAAAAGUGGGAGUUCAAAAUGGCUUCGCAACUCAUUUGGUCAUGUUGCCGUUGCUGACUGCCAAGCAGGAGGCAAUCGCCCCUCUUUGAUGGAACUAUGCAUACAGCAAAUAUGCAAGGACAUUGAAAGGUAUAAGUCCUUUUCUGUACUUCCAAGGGAUAUAAGCCAGCAAAUAUUUAAUGAGUUGGCGUUGACUCAUAGCCUCAAUGAUGAUUCUCUUGUAGCGUUUCUCGAUUGCGCUCUGCAGGAUGUUCAUUUAGGUGACUAUCCAGGGGUGAAGGAUAGUUGGAUGGAUGUAAUAUCUUCACAGGGAUCAUCUCUACUUUCCUUGGACCUUUCCGAUUCGGAAAUCACAGAUGCUGCUUUGGUUUGUCUAAAAGAUUGUUCGAACCUUCAGGAAAUGACUCUAAAUUAUUGUGAAAGUAUUACCGAGCAUGGGCUGAAACACAUAAGGGGCCUUAACAGCUUAACUUCUUUGAGUUUCAAAAGGAGUACUGCUAUUACCGCUGAAGGGAUGCAAGCCUUCUCUACUUUGGUUAAUUUAGAGAAGUUGGACCUGGAAAGAUGCUCCCAGAUUCAUGGUGGACUAAUUCAUCUGAAAGGUCUCACUAAUCUGAAGGAAUUGCAAUUAUCCAAUUGUAACAUCACGGAUUUUGGGGUUUCCUUAUUGAGAGGUUUGGAGAAGAUUGUCAUACUGAACUUGGAAGGUUGUAAUGUGACAACUGCGUGUUUGGAUUCACUUUCAGCUCUUGUAAAUCUUGCAUACUUAAAUUUAAGCAGAUGUGGGUUGUCAGAUGAGGGAUGUGAUAAGUUUUCUGUCAUUCAGCUUUCAACAUGCAAGGUGAUUGAGUGUUUGAGAAAACAUGCAGAGCUGAAGAAGUUGAAGGUAUUGAGUUUGGCAUUCAACAACAUUACAGAUGCUGUUUUGGUCCAUCUAAAAGGCUUAAAGAACUUAGAGAGCUUGAACCUGGAUUCUUGUAAGAUUGGUGAUGAAGGGCUCGCUAACUUGUCUGGACUUCCCCUCAAAAGUUUGGAGUUGUCUGAUACUGAAGUUGGCAGCAGUGGUCUUCGUCAUCUUUCAGGUUUGAACCAACUGGAAAGCUUAAAUCUGUCUUUCACCUUGGUCACCGAUGGUGGUCUGCGGAGAUUAUCUGGGUUGACUUCUCUUAAAUCACUCAACUUGGAUGCUCGUCAGAUUACAGAUACUGGUCUUGCCGCUCUUACAAGUUUGACAGGUCUGACCCAUCUGGACCUCUUUGGAGCUCGAAUUUCAGAUGCUGGAACAAAAUAUUUGCAACACUUCAAGAAUCUCCAAUCCCUGGAAAUAUGUGGUGGUGGUAUAACAGAUGCUGGGGUUAAGAACAUCAAAGAUCUUUCUCGCCUAACCGUGUUGAACCUGUCACAGAACAGCAACCUCACAGACAAAACCUUAGAAUUGAUCUCUGGGUUGGAGGGCUUAGUGUCGCUGAACAUUUCAAAUUCUCUGAUAACCAACAAGGGUCUGAGGCAUUUGAGGCCAUUGAAGAAUUUACACUCCCUAACCUUGGAGUCCUGUAAGGUGACUGCCUCCGAGAUAAGGAAGCUACAGUUAACUGCACUCCCCAAUCUGGUGAGCUUUCGUCCAGAGUAAAGAAGCGCGAUGUGGACACAUAUAGUGAAAGGGGAACUACUUGUAAAUAUAGCUUCAUAUGCUCUCAGCUGGUGGUAUUAUGCCAUGUACAGUCUCUAAAUAAGUAUACCUACCGCCUCAUCUGGCCGAAGGGAAGUUUGAAGGCUAGCAAUAGGAAGCAAGUCAUGCAGAAAGAAAGCCAUCAAAGUGUAUGUAAAUAUAGUGGGGUUUUUCUGCCUGCUGGAACCAUUGAAUGAAAGUUGUACAUAUAUGUUUUUAUCAAGCGGCACAUGAAAACUUCUGCCCUAGUUUCUGUGAUUAUCAUAGCAUAGUCAGAACAGAGUCUAACAACAUAGCAUCAACCUGGAUAAAGCAGAGCUCAAGAACAUUCGUUCCU